AGCAGCACCAUGCCACCCAAAGCCCCGCCCCCGGCCCCGCGCAAGCCUGGCCGCGUCACCGUCUACCGUGCCGUGUAUCCGUACACUGCGCAGCAUUCGGACGAGCUGAGCUUUGAGGAGGGGGAGAUGAUCUACGUUCAGGAAAAGCAAGCUGACGGCUGGUACCGCGCCACCAUUGGGGGAAAGUCGGGCAUCAUUCCUGGCAACUACGUCGAGGCGGAUGGCAAUGCAGAGGCCAUUGAUAACCCACUGCAUGAUGCUGCCAAGCGUGGCAAUCUCAGUUACUUACGGGAGAGUCUUGCAGCUGGCGUGUCCCCAAACGCACUGGACAAGGCAGGCUCGACGCCACUGCACUGGGCAGCGCGUGGUGGGCAUUUAGAGUGUGUACAGGAGCUUCUUGGUCAACCCACCGUACGCGUCGAUGUGCAAAAUAAGCUUGGCGAUACGCCCCUGCACAACGCGGCUUGGAAGGGAAGUGCUGAGGUCGUCCUGGCCCUGCUCGAGCACAAGGCUGAUCGAAGCAUCGUCAAUAGCAAUGGCGAAACCCCUUUUGCAUUGGCCAAGGCGAAGAGCCCCGAUUGCGCUCGGUAA